AUGGCACAAAACGGUACAAAUGUUACAGCAUCUGGAAAUACAACUGAAGUCACUACUAUUCAAACUUCUUCAGGUGCAUCAACAUCAGCAGGAACUUCUUCAAAUUCAUAUCAUAACUCAAGUUCAGCACAGACUCCUACUACUUUAACCCCGUCAUAUAAUGAAACAACUACGACAUCUAAUACAUCUGCACCAUUUAAUUCAUCAUCUGAAUCACCUACAACGUCUUUAUCAGUUUCACCUACUUCAGAAAAUGCAACUAUUGCACAAUCCCCAUCUAUUGCCCAAACUACAACUACUACACCGACUCCAUCUUCUAAACCAGAUAUAAUUACUACAUCUACUACACAAAAAAAUGAGACAUCUUCUCCUAUAAAUGGUACCUCGUCUAGUAAUUCAACAGAAAAAUUCUCAGUCACUACUACACAGACUGGAAACUCUUCUGUAAGUAAUAUGGCAAAUGGUAAUAAUUCAAAUAUCAGUGGAAGCAUAUCAACUCCUCUAACAACGACCUUAGGAAACAAUACACAAUCUGCUCAAGCACCUACACUAAUUCCCCAAACAUCUUCACCUACUACUGCAAUUCAAGCUGCUUUAGGUGUAGCAUCAGUUUCUGCUGCUCCUUUUAUUAUUUCUUUUAUUAUAGUUUUUCUGAUAAUACAAAUAAUUUAUCAUUACUUUAAAGUAAGUUCACAUUUAAAUAUAAAUUGUACUUUAAUUUUUUUUCAAUUAUCAUUUAGAUUAAAACUUUACUAA